GGUAGACAUAAUUGAGAACAUAUUCUGAACUAGUUUAACUUGUUUUUACAUUUGCAAGAAGCAAAAAAGUUUAUACACCAGCAACCAAUAUAAAAAGGGUCCAAGCAAAACUCUGAGUUCCAACAUCAAGCCAAAAGAAAAUCUAUCAAACACUAGAAGCUGAACAGCAAAAAUCUAUUACUCCACAAAACUGAAAAAUAGUAUAGAAUAUGGGUGCUAACUACUCAGCUGCCUUGCAUGAAGCUCAUAAUAUGCCUAUCACACCACAAUUCAAGAGGUCUCAAGUCAUUGCUUUCCAUUCUUCAACUAAAUGGAAGCUCCAUUUUGAUUCUUUGAAAGAUACAAACAGACUGGUUGUAAUUGACUUCACAGCUACAUGGUGUGGUCCUUGCAAAUACAUGGAUCCAGUUCUUAAUGACUUUGCUGCUAAAUAUACAGAUGUUGAGUUUGUCAAGAUUGAUGUUGAUGAAUUGGCUGACGUAGCUCAGGAAUAUGAGGUUCAGGCAAUGCCAACGUUCGUUCUGAUAAAGAAGGGGAAGGUGGUUGACAAGAUUGUUGGAGCAGAUAAAGAUGGGCUAAAGAUGAAAAUUGAGAAACACAGAGCUGUGUUCAUCUAAGCAAAUUAAACCAAAGUGUGCAACAAACAGAGGAUUAAUGUUGAUAAUUUCUCUGUAGAAUAAAACAUUUUAUCUUUAUCACAUUUUGAUUUAAGGAGGCUGAUUAAAGCACUGAUGUUUGUAUUAUAUUGGUUUUAACAAGUAAAUGUAUUUCUGAGUUUUGCCUUCA